AUGCACGUCGUUCAGUCUGCUCGUCUCAAAUCACUGUCUCUCUCGUGGAUCAAGAACAUGCCUUCGUCAGUUUUUAGAUCCCUAUCCUCGGAUAUCACGAUGGUGAAGCUCCACGGUUUCGAGGUAAAAAAUACAGCAGGAUUCCGACGGUACUCCAAGGGGCAGAGUAAGAGGCGACUCCCGCAAAUCAAGAAUUUACAUUACUACGAUCACGACACGGGUGGCCUUCUCGCCUUCCGCUCGUUCAUCUUCGACUUUGAGCAGCUUCAGUUCCUCCAUAUCAACUGGGGAAACGUGCCCCAAUUCGACUCUCCGGAGAAAUCGACAGCAGGACUGGCGCAGGCGAUACUCGACGGCAAUUUGGAUGGCAGUCUUACAGCACUGACCAUCGGCCUCUCGCACAAAACCACCUCACCAACGAUGCCAGACCCCGACGAGUACGAUCUGUUUCUAGGGCUCAUCGAAGAAUUUGAGCUCCUUGCGGGCAAGAAUGCCGUGAAGUACCUCAUGGUUCACUUCGACACCACACAGGAGGCACACGACAUGCUCACGGGCUGCCUGAGCCGGUUCGACGAGGUCAUCACUCGCGAGGCCUUCCCCCGCCUUGAACGCUUUGAUCUCGAAUUCUGGAAGAGUGCUGGGCAGAGUGUAACGGCUUUCAGUGCUGUGGAGUGUCUGCGAUACCAGGGCUGA